CACACGAGCUGUUGUGGCGCGAUGUUGGAAGCUCGAUGGCCACUGCAGUAGUAUCGAGGACUGGCAUACCCCCCUCCUCCCCCUUUCAGCACCCACCAUGGACCCGUUCAGUGGUGCUAUGUUCUUCGACGGGAUAUGCAGCGUCUGCUGAUGUCAGCUUCAAUUCUAAACGUCUCGUCCACUUCUUGCUCUCUUGUGGAGCUCUGUUUCGGGUAUAUCAUGUACGAAUGUCUCAGCACCAGCCUCACCUUAUUUAUCGACUGGAUACAACAUCUUGCUCCCAUCUCUGAUAGCCCGUCCUUUGCUAGCAAAAGCUUUGCGCCGGCCACCUUUGUAGCAAUCUUCCCCCGCGCGCCCCGUCCUGCCCCUCGUUCGAUCGGCACUGCUUGACGGGUCUGCGCUGCUUCUUCUGCAAGAUAUCCUGAUACACCUUUGGCUGAGCGAGAGAGGCUCCUGGAUCGCCCUGAGCUUCGACAUGUAC